AAAAAGGAAGAAAAAAAGAAUAAUGGUGGUGGAGGAGGGCAGUCACACUUUUUGUUUAUUUAUUAUUAUUAGUAGUAGUAGCAAGGGUUUUCACCCAAGGAUAAGAAAGAUCUCUCUUAGACUCCAAAAUACAAAAUCACUAUAAUUUUGGCCUUUCUCCAUCUCUGUUCUCUUCUCCAGUGUUGAACAUUUCUCAGAGGGAUCCGUUUUUUUCUAUCACUUUGAAAUUUCCUGAUGUACAUAAGUGUUAAUGCUGAAGGAUUGUUACUAGAAUUUUGAUGAAACAAUAAGAAAAUGGGUGGAGAUCAGAAGAAGCCAGUUUAUUCUGCAAAUUUUCUUCUUAUUCUUCUUGUAUGUUCUGUUGCAGUCGUUAUCAGUGAGACAGAUCCUGGAGACUUGCAGAUACUACUCGAUUUUCGGAAAGGCUUGGAUAAUCCGGAAUUACUGAAAUGGCCUACUAAUGAUGCUGAUCCAUGUAAAGGUCCAUGGCCUCAUGUUUUCUGCAAUGGUAAUAGAAUUGCACAAAUUCAGGUACAAGAACUGGGAUUAAUUGGUCCUCUUCCUCAGAAUUUCAAUCAGUUAACUGAACUUGAGAAUUUGGGUCUUCAGAGGAACAAAUUCAAUGGAAAAUUACCCACUUUUAAAGGUUUGUCUAAAUUAAGCAAGGCUUAUUUGGGUGGUAAUCAGUUUGAUACCAUUCCUUCUGAUUUUUUUCAAGGGCUUGAUAGUUUGCAGAUCUUAACUUUGGAGGAGAAUCCUUUAAACAAGACUACAGGAUGGUCGAUUCCUUCCGACUUGCAGAAUUCUGCGCAAUUACAGACUCUAUCUAUGACGCGCUGCAACUUGAUUGGUAGUAUACCGGAUUGGUUAGGAAGCAUGGCAUCUCUUGAGAGUUUGAGAUUGUCUAACAAUCGACUCACUGGUGCGCUUCCUGAAAGUUUCAAGGACUCUUCAUUGAAGAAUUUGUGGUUGAAUAAUCAAGAUGGAGGUGGAUUUACGGGUACCAUAGAUGUAAUUGCUUCAAUGACUUCGUUAACAACUGCGUGGCUACAUGGUAACCAGUUUACAGGCAUGAUUCCAUCAAGUAUUGAAGAGUUAACUUCUUUGGAGGAUCUUAAUCUCAAUGGGAAUCAACUUUCUGGUAUUGUUCCUGCUGGCUUGACUGAACUAAAAAGCUUACAGAAGUUGGAUUUGAGUAAUAACCAUUUGAUGGGGCCGACGCCAAAGUUUAAUUCUGGUAAUAAAAAAUUUUCUAUGUCUAAUAAUGCAUUUUGCCAAGAUGUUGCUGGAGCUGCAUGUUCUGCUGAAGUUAUGGUCCUUAUUGAUUUCCUUGCCGCUCUUAAUUUCCCGGUGAGACUUACUUCUCAGUGGGGAGGUAAUGAUCCGUGUAAGGGUCAAUGGUUUGGACUGAGUUGCGAAGACCAAAAGGUUUCAGUUAUUAAUUUGCCUAAUCAGCAUCUCAAUGGUAGUCUCAGUCCUUCAAUUGGCAAGUUAGAUUCUCUGCGUCGGAUUCAAUUAAAGCAAAACAAUAUUACUGGUCAGAUUCCUGCUAGUCUUGCUGAAUUGAAAUCUUUAACAUCUGUAGAUGUAAGUUAUAAUAAUAUUCAGCCUCCACUACCUAAAUUCAGUAGUAGGGUUGAGAUUUUUACCAAAGGGAAUCCUCCAUUGGAUAGUGGUCAGGAUGGAAAAACUACAGGUGGUGACUCGCCGUCAAGCCCUGACACUCCAAGUGGUACUGGUACUAAUGAUGGGGAUAAGUCUUCCCCUGGAGGUUCACAAUCUGGAGGAGGAUCUAAACUGGUUGUGAUUGUUGUACCCAUUGUGAGUUUCGCAUUUUUGGUUCUUCUGGCCGUUCCGUUGUCUAAGUACUUCUGUAAAAAGAGGAAAGGAAAUCCAGCACCAAGCUCUUAUGUGGUUCACCCUAGAGACCCAUCUGAUUCAGAUAAUAUGGUUAAGAUUGUUGUAACAAAUGGCAGUACUGGAAGCUUAUCUACUCUACCAGGGAGUAGUCAUCAGAGUAUAAAUAGUGCUGGGACUAAUGAAUCACAUAUUAUCGAGUCUGGAAACCUAGUUAUAUCAGUGCAGGUUCUUCGUAAUGUGACCAACAAUUUUGCUUCUGAGAAUGAGCUUGGCAAAGGUGGUUUUGGUAGAGUUUACAAGGGUGAACUAGACGAUGGUACAAAGAUUGCAGUUAAGAGAAUGGAGUGUGCUGUCAUUAACGACAGAGCCCUGCAUGAAUUUCAAUCCGAAAUAGCGGUGCUCUCUAAAGUCCGUCACCGACAUCUUGUAUCUCUGCUUGGAUACUCUAUUGAAGGAAACGAAAGACUCCUGGUUUAUGAAUAUAUGCCUCAAGGGGCUUUAAGUAAGCAUCUUUUUCAAUGGGAUAGUCUAAAAAUGGAGCCUCUUUCGUGGAAGAGGCGGCUCAAUAUUGCUUUGGAUGUUGCAAGAGGGAUGGAUUAUCUUCAUAACUUGGCGCGAGAAAGCUUCAUACACAGAGAUCUUAAGUCCUCGAAUAUUCUUUUAGGUGAUGAUUAUCGAGCAAAGGUUUCAGAUUUUGGAUUAGUAAAACUUUCACCGGAUGGAGCUAAAUCUAUCGUGACCCAACUUGCCGGGACUUUCGGAUAUUUGGCACCAGAAUAUGCUGUCACGGGGAAGAUAACGACGAAAGCGGAUGUCUUCAGCUUUGGAGUCGUAUUGAUGGAGUUGGUGACGGGAUUAAUAGCACUCGACGAGAGCAGGUCAGAGGAGACCCGAUAUUUGGCUUCUUGGUUUUGGCAGGUUAAGUCAAACAAGGAAAGGCUGAGAGCUGCCGUUGAUCGUGCCCUUGAAGUCACUGAAGAAACGUUUGAGAGUGUUUGCGUUAUAGCUGAAUUGGCUGGACACUGCACGGCAAGGGAACCCCAUCAACGCCCUGAUAUGAGUCAUGCAGUUAAUGUUCUUUCUCCACUCGUCGAGAAGUGGAAACCAGUUGCUGAUGAGACAGAGGAGGAAUAUUCAGGAAUUGAUUAUAAUUUACCUCUCAAUCAAAUGGUUAAAGGCUGGAAAGAAUCGGAGGAUAAAGACAUUAGUUAUUCUGGUGUAAAUGACAGUCAAGGAAGUAUUCCAUCCACACCAGUUGGAUUUGCAAAUUCCUUUACUUCUGCGGAUGGUCGAUAAUUAAGGUAGCUUAGUGCCCUUUGUUUUCGCCAUCCCUCGUGGUUCUUUCUUCUUUAGUUGCCUUUCUAGUUGUAGAUAAUAAAAAGUUUAUGCAUUUUGACCAGAGUUCCCUUUUUUCUCUUUGUAUAAAAAAGAUUUUAGACACAGUUGACUUUCGGUCAGAAUGGGCGGAAAUAUAAGAAACCUGAAAACAUCCCAUCUUCCAUGAUA